UUUUAAAACCUUUUUCGCUUCAAGCAAAUAACAAAUGCAUUUAUAAAGGCCCAGACCAUUACAUAACUUCGGGUGGGAUGGGGGCGCGUGCGCGCCUAGUUGAAUGCAUCGGUAUUUGGGCCAACAACUCUCAUAUAGAUAAAGCUGUAUAGUCAACUAGCAGGCAUGCUAGCUAGGUACUAUUGUUGCUUGCUAGCUAGGUACUAUUGUUGCUUGCUAGCUAAGUACUAUUGUUGCUACAUUACGUUAACUGGCGAACUAGCUAAUCAAAUUAUUGAAACGAUACUAUCUGAAGAGCGCACGAAAAGUGUCACUUUGCUAUAAGAACACAAAUGAAUGUUACCAUUGCGCAUGUCAUGUCCAGAUUAGUAGACCCAGCAAUGAAUUGCAUUUGCAACAGUGUAGCUACACUGUGAAUUCAAUGGCUGGAGGCCCGUGUGUCAAAAUCAUAGACAUUAAAACCAGAGCGCGUGUUGAUAAUAUGUUGAUAAUGCCAUGUCGCUAAAUCGAAACCUAUCUGCUCAAUUCUGUUGGAACAUUAUAACGUUACGUUGUGAACUUUGACUCAUACAACAAACCACCGCUCCAUAUAAUAUGUUUGAUUCAUGAAUAGUUUACAGUGUAGGCCUAACUAUGUUGCCAAUUUCAUUAAUUGCCAUUGGCCAGUACUGUACACUUAUGCAACUCUUCAGAGAAACGCCUGAAACCAGAGUUGAACCAUAAUGUGUGGUUCUAUGAUGAAUAUGUGGACCGGACCUUAAUCAGCAUCCUGGAAGAGGAAAGCACGGAAGAUCUGUGUCCCACACCACAGACAGGUGCAGUGUGUAGCCAGAGCUGCACAGAGGGAGGAAGCUCUGGGGAGGAGGUGGUGCAACAGUGCACCCCUCCGGCUGUGCUGGGUGGCGACCCCCAGGCUGAGCAUUAUGUGGCUGGGUCAUCCCAGCAUGCCCUGCAUCCAGUCCCUGCUGCGCCCCUGCCACCACUGGAUAACACGGCCACGUCACAGCCAGAAAGACGCGUACACGUCAGUGAAAAGAACUCACCCACAGAGAGUCACCCCAACGGCAAAACUAAGGACAGCCGUGAAGAAGGGGCUAUGUCGGAUAGUGGUGCUGAGGUUGUCCAAGGAGGAUUGGGCCCAUCACACCCCAAGGAUCCUAGUGUCUCUACAGCGUCUCACUCAGACAGAUUCUCUGACAUACAGACGGAAGGAACAGAGCAAGAUUUGCAUUACGGGUCACAAACUGAUAACCGCAGCCACACAGACAGAAAGACGGGUGCUGGUGGACCAGGUCAGGACCAGGCUCUGCAGCAGGGAGGUGCAGGUGGAAUGGUGGUCGUCAGUGGGACAGAACAGCGACAGCCUCUCCCGGAGACAGAGAAAUUGGAAUAUAAACAAGAGACUGGAAUGGAGGAACUUAGCAGGGAACACCCAGCUAGAAACCUUUCCUCUGAAUCCUUCUCAACGGCCUCCCCUCUUCCCCUCAGCCCAAAUAAAGAUAAAGUCCCAGACCACAAAGAAGACAGAGGGAUGGAGCAGCCUCAAACAACUCUGCCUACUCAGGCCAGCCACAGACCUCUAUCUGAGGUCAAAGAGCAAGCAGGCAUUCUUCAAAAGUCUGAGCAGCCCAUCACUGACAACUGUGAGAGGAAACAAACCGACAUCUCCACGGAACCUAAAAUCACCAUGCAGAACUCGAAUGACGACAAAGGAGAGAUGCCGGGAGCUAAUGCUGUGGAGCAGGGACCACAAGAACCUGAAAUACCUACAGAACCAUCUGAGAGUGGACAUGUCACACUUGGGAGUUCACACACACAAAUGCCACUCCCAGCCCCACCAACUGACGUAUCCGGGACCCCACAGCCAGGAGCUAAAUACUCUGGACUUGUACCCUACACGCCUCCUGGCAGUGGAAAUUCCACCCCGAGCUACUCAACAGACCGGCAGAGUGAGAGCGAUAAUGAAAAAAGUCCACCUCAACCGAAGGAACAGAUUGAGGCUAACGGGGCAGAGGAAGAGACUGAAAUGGCCGAGCCCUCAGCCAACCUUACAAUCCAGUCACAAAGCUCUUUUCUACACGAGACGUCAAGAACAGCAGCAACCCCUCAUGUCCACCACCACCUCAGUUUAGAACUAGACUCAAUGCAGACAGAACAAUCUGUUGAAGUUCAGAUGUCUAAUCCUGAGCACGUAACAAGGAUGGAGACUCCACUGGUGUCUGCGCAUAUCCUCUCAACUGACACUCAAGGAGCUGUGAUGCUUGGAGGAGAGACCAGCCUGGAGUUGUCUGAGGAGGUGCAGGUUAAUCAGUGUAUCCUCCCGGAAGAACAUGAUGUUAUUGAAUUAAACUCUGAACUUUCUUCUGGAGAAACAAAGUUGUUUAUUGAAGGGACCCAUUCGGAUAUCGAAAUGUCCCAACUGGCUGCUGGAGAAUUUGAGAUUUAUAGCUUUGCAGAGGAGGAGAUUGCAACAGAAGUUGUUGGAGAGAGACUGUCUCUCUCCCCAAGCUAUGAAGUAAACUUAUUCAACCCACUCAUUGAACACUCUGAGAAUUGUACAGCCAGUGAGGGACAAGACAUACACCUGCCAUCUCCCCCUCAAACGGGUAAUGACAAUGAUCAAGCCAUUAUCCAGCAAGGCCCCCUUUCAUCAGAUCACGGUCUCUCAGAAAUGGAGGUCUGUUCAAAUGACUUUAUUCCUAGUCUGUCCACACAAGAUGUAGAGAUGACUGAUGAAAGAUAUAAUUUAGAACCCGAAAACACAACUACUGAAGUGGACGCUGCUGUGGUGGAAGAUUCAAGUGAGGUUGAUUUAGUCAUAACUGUCCCAGGAUCAGAUACAACAGUUGGCCAGGCGGACACUUGUACACAAGCUACAGCACCUUGUAUGGAGACCAGCACAGCUGUCUCAGACCAUAGAGGGGUGAGUGUUUCCCCAACCACCCAUCUGAGUGACACCCAAAAGCUGCCAGGUGAAACUGAAAUAGGGUCAACGACCAGUAAGUCUUCUCUUGUCUCCCCAAUGGAAGAAUUAACAGAGUUUGUUGUACAGUCAACCAGUCAACACAGUAUUGAGGUCCUCUCCUCGCCAAUUACCGUACACUUGUCAGAGAGUAAAGGGCAGAAUUGUCCUCUUAAAGUGGUACCAGGAGUUACCUUACAAAGUACUACAGAACCAGAGUCCUGUGUUUCUUCUCAUGGAGGUCCUGAAAAUCCACAGCCCUGUCCAACUCUGACAGAAACCCCGGUGCAUACCCAGCAGGAUGUUGAUGGUGCUGUUAAUGUGACAUCAACAACCGAGGUCAAACCGGAGGCUUCCCGGUCUGUGCUCUCCUCUGGCGUCAUCGACCCAAAGCUCCUCCUAUUAAAGCGUGGGGACACCCCUCUCCUCAAACAUCCACCCUCCUUAUUGUUGGGGUUGUGCGUGCAGCAAAGCAACAGCUUGACACAUCCUAGUGCUAGAAGCCCCAGCUUUGGCUCAGACACUGCACCUGUGGUAGAGUGCCCUCCCAAAGCUGUGGCAGCCGCAGUCUCUGUGCAGGAGCCUGUGGCUCUCUGCAUUCAUAGAGGCCAGACAGAGCCCUCCGUCAAGAGAGAACCCACAGCAGCACUUCCCUCUACAAACACCCCAUCCCAGCCCCGUCUGCUCCCUCCCUCUGGUCUCACGCCAUGCAAAACUGACAGAGGGGCAUUAACUUCGAUCAAAACUUCCAUGGGGAAAGCAGUGACAGUUUCCCAAACCCUAAACCCUCCCACCAUUGGCAACACACCUUCCAAGCACCUCUCUGACCCCAAGUUGCCCUCUACAUCAGGCAAUGUGAUGAGGAGUAGUCUCUCCAGUUCCUCCUGUGAUGGGAGCCAGUCUGGACCGCUCCCCGUUAUCCGGCCACGGCUAGCUGGUGUGAAGGGCCCAGGGAUCAGCAGCGCCAAGGAGGAAAGCAGUGAUGGGGAGGCUGACCUGGCAGUGGAGGCCAAGCCUGGCCGCAGGAGCAUGGUCACCCACAGCCCAGCAGAGAGCAAGCAUGAGCAGAGACAGAGCAGGCCAGACAGAAAGGCCCUUUUCUCAAAGGUACGCCAGUGGAUAGCAGACAGGGUCACUCCAAGUUCGUCUCCCUUCUCGCCCUGUUCUUCACCCCCCUCUCCUAGCCCAUCUUCCUCCAGUGACUGGACUCACAGCACUACUCCCCUCGCUCUCCGAGGUCCCCGGGGUAGGUUCCUCUCCCCGCCCUCUAUGGGCCUGGGAGGUUCCUCCCCAUCGGACCCGGUCACUCCCUAUCGACCCCGCAUGGAGCGUCACGCCGACAUGGCCGAACUGGCCAAACACGAAGCUGAGAUAGAGGGCAGGACCCUAGCGUUGAAGAGAGAAGGCUUCUGGUCUAUAAAGCGACUGACCCGUCUGACAGAGCCGCUCCGGCCCAAGGUGCACUGGGACUACCUGUGUGAGGAGAUGCAGUGGCUCUCUGCUGACUUUGCCCAGGAGAGAAGGUGGAAGAGAGGGGUCGCCAGGAAGGUGGUGCGGAUGGUGAUGCGACACCACGAGGAGCUAAGGCAGAAGGAGGAGAAGGCCAAACGGGACGAGCAUGCUAAAAUCAGACGAGUUGCCUCCAACGUAGCCAAGGAGGUCCGGGCCUUCUGGGGCAGUGUUGAGAAGGUGGUGCAGUACAAGCAGCAGUCCCGGUUAGAGGAGAAGAGGAAGAAGGCCCUGGACCUCCAGCUGGACUUCAUCGUGGGCCAGACAGAGAAAUACUCAGACCUCCUCAGUCAGGCCCUGGAAACUGCACCGGCUGGGAACAGUGAACCUGCACCCUCGCCACCCAAAAAAUCCCUUCCACCUGCUGUGGAUGAGGAUGACCGAGACUUUGAGCCUCCGUGUGGCGAGGAGGAAGAUGACGAGGAGACCAUCGACGUAGAGGAGGCACAGGACGGCAAUGAUGCCGAGACUCAGAGGAGGGAGAUGGAGCUGCUGAGACAGGAAGGGACCAUGUCCUUGGCAGAGUUGCUCAGCACCCUCAAACGGCCUCAUUCACAGGCCUCGGAAGAGGAGUGCUCAGACAAUUCGUCAACAACAGUGGGGGAAGACGAAGAGUUCACAGCCAACGAAGAGGAUGCUGAAGACGAGGAGGACACCAUCGCGGCCCAGGAGGUAGUGGAGGGGGAAGCUGAUCACGCAGGAGAGCUUGAUGACUUGGCUAAAGAAGGUGACAUGACUGUGGAGGAGCUGCUGGAGAAGUACAAAGGAGCGUAUGCCUCUGAUUUCGAGGAGCCCUCGGCGUCCGCCUCUCCUGCCAGCACAGAGGAGUCUGAAAAUUCCGGAGACGAGGAAGAGGAGAGCGAGGAAGAAGAAAGUGAUGUGGAGAGCAACACCACCUCCUCAGAUGACGAGGACAGUGAAGAGGACGAGGUCAGUGACAUUGAGGAAGAGGACAGUGAGGAAGAUGAGUGCGGUGAGGGGAUGGAGAUCCUGCUGAAGGAGGGGGACCACAGCCCCCCUCUGCCAAGCGGCCCGCGACCCAAGAAGGAGAUCAGCCACAUUGCUGCUACUGCAGAGAGCCUCCAGCCCAAAGGCUAUACCCUGGCCACAACCAAGGUCAAAACUCCCAUUCCCUUCCUGCUGGUGGGCCAGCUGCGUGAGUACCAGCACAUCGGCCUGGACUGGCUGGUCACCAUGUACGAGAAGAAGCUCAACGGCAUCCUGGCUGACGAGAUGGGCCUUGGGAAGACCAUCCAGACCAUCGCCCUGCUGGCUCACCUCGCCUGUGAAAAGAGUAACUGGGGGCCCCAUCUGAUCAUCGUGCCAACCAGUGUGAUGCUGAAUUGGGAGAUGGAGCUGAAGCGCUGGUGUCCCGGAUUCAAAAUCCUCACUUACUACGGCAGUCAGAAGGAGAGGAAACUCAAGAGACAGGGUUGGACCAAGCCCAAUGCUUUCCACGUGUGCAUCACCUCCUACAAGCUGGUGCUGCAGGACCACCAGGCCUUCCGACGCAAGUCCUGGCGCUACCUCAUCCUGGACGAGGCCCAGAACAUCAAGAACUUCAAGUCCCAGCGCUGGCAGAGCCUGCUCAACUUCAACAGUCAGAGGCGCCUGCUACUGACAGGCACCCCGCUGCAGAACAGCCUGAUGGAGCUGUGGUCCCUGAUGCACUUCCUCAUGCCCCACGUCUUCCAGUCCCACCGAGAGUUCAAGGAGUGGUUCUCCAACCCCCUCACCGGUAUGAUCGAGGGUAGCCAGGAAUACAACGAGGGCCUGGUCAAGAGGUUACAUAAGGUGCUCAGACCGUUUCUGUUGAGGAGAAUCAAGGUGGAUGUGGAGAAGCAGAUGCCUAAGAAAUAUGAGCAUGUGGUGCGCUGCCGUUUGUCCAAGAGGCAGCGCUUCCUCUACGAUGACUUCAUGGCACAGGCCUCGACCCGGGAAACGCUGGCUAGUGGUCACUUCAUGUCUGUGAUCAACAUCUUGAUGCAGCUCCGUAAAGUGUGUAACCACCCCAACCUGUUUGACCCUCGGCCCAUUCACUCCCCCUUCAUCACCAAGCCUAUCGUCUUCCACACUGCCUCCCUGGUACAGCGAGCCCUGGACGUCUCCCCAUUCAAGCGCUGCGACCUGUCCAUGUUUGACCUGGUGGGUCUGGAGGCCAACGUGUCCAGGUACCAGGCCGACGUGUUUCUGCCUUCCAGGAAGGUCACCCGUCAGCUGAUCCAGGAGGUCAUGGAGUCUCCCGACCCCCCUCCCCGUCCCAAACCCGUUCGCAUGAAGGUCAACAGGAUGUUCCAGCCCUUACCUAAGGCUGAUGGUCGCACGGUGCUGGUGGUGAAUAAACCCCGACCCACCUGCCCUGUCACCCCUGCUGCUCAGGCCUCAAGGACCCCUCUCAUCCAGGAUGUGACGCCAACCCCUACACCGCCAGUCCAACAAACAGUGUGUUCAGUGGCACCCACAGCCCCUCCUCGCCCGCCCUUACACCCCAGUGGCCCCUCUGUCAUGAGGUCCGGCUCCCCAAUGCCAGUCCUGGCCGUACGCCCACCCACCACCUCCUGCAACCCCGCCACCCAUCUCACCCCUCCUCCCAGCAACAUUUUGACCCAACGUGUUUUGCUCAGCCCAGACAUGCAGGCCCGGCUUCCCUCUGGGGAGGUAGUGAGUAUCGCCCAACUGGCCUCAUUGGCCGGGCGUCCUGUGUCAUCGUGCCAGGGAAGUAAGCCUGUCACCUUCCAGCUGCAGGGCAACAAGCUCACCCUGUCUGGGACCCAGCUCCACCAGGUUCCCAUGGCACCUCCACGCCCAGUACAAGGUAACGUCAUGCAUCUGGUGACCAGCGGAGGGCAGCACCACCUCAUCAGCCAGCCAACCCAAGUAGCAGUUUUCAGUUCAGCCAAUACCCACGCUGUCCCCACCUCUCCUGUACCCUCGGGAAUCCAGCUGCCUUGCAAUUCUUCUCAAGUGCCCUCCUCCGUGGUGACCAGCUCUGGGAUUGUGAAGAUCGUGGUGCGCCAGUCAAGCAAGGAAGGAGGGGGUGUACCCACCCUGGCAGUGCCCCCUUCUCCUCGCGUAGCCCCCCAGGCGUCAACCUCCAUGCACCAUCAUGCCAAUACUGCCGUGAGAACUCCUGCCCCCCAGCAAACGGCCCAUCGCCACCCCGGGCCCACCACUGCUCAAUACACCCUGGCCCCCCUAGAACCCCUACCUCAGUCACAAUUAGAACCUGUACCCCAGCCCCCUCGAACCCCUGCCCCCCGUAAUACGACCUCAGCCCUCAGUCAGUCCCAGCCCCCUCGCCCAGUGCUUAAGGUAGUAACGGGACCAGCAGAAACCAGCACAGAACAGAAAGCGCGUGUGAAUUCUACGUUGACGUGUGAGGAGAGCAGCGACACCAAAUCAGCCGUUCCUAAAUCAGGGUCCCAUGUUGGUGGAUUUGUCCCCCCUCGACCUCGGGCACAACCUCGCCCACCUCCUCGCUCCCCCUUCUACAUGUCAUGGCUGGCAGACAGCCGCAAGAAGCAGCGAGACAGCCGCCUGGCCCAGAUCAUCCGGAUCAACGACCUGCACUGCAGCGCCAAGCCCGUGUUUGGCCAUGAGGUGCUGGACUUCCUCACCUUCCUCCCAGGCUCCUGCCCUGCUCCGGCCCCCAAGGCCCUGGGUCAGUGGGGUCGCUCGGGCCACGCCGCCUGCCUGUUCGCCCAGUCCCACAGCACUACGGACUACUGGGACCAGAGCUGCGCCCUGAGGGAGGGCAUCCACACCACCGAGGACAGGCUGCAGCUGCUCAAAGAUGUGAUCGAACGGUUUACGUUUGUGAUCCCGCCGGUGGAGGCUCCAGCCAUCACCAUGCACAGCUGCCACCCCCCUCCGUCUCUGAGUCACCAGCAGGCCGUGUUCACCUCGCUGCUCUCCUCCCAGGUGGCCCCGCUCGCACGCAGUCUGCACCGCAUCCAGUGCAACAUGAGGACCCACUUCCCUGACCUGAGGCUCAUCCAGUACGACUGCGGUAAGCUGCAGACGCUCCACACCCUGCUGCGUCGGCUGAAGGAGGGCCAACAUCGCGUUCUCAUCUUCACCCAGAUGACCCGCAUGCUGGACGUGCUGGAGCAGUUCCUCAACUACCACGGACACAUCUACCUCCGCCUGGACGGCAGCACCCGCGUCGAGCAGAGACAAUCCCUGAUGGAUCGCUUCAACGCGGACCGCCGCAUCUUCUGCUUCAUCCUGUCCACGCGCAGCGGCGGCGUGGGGGUGAACCUGACGGGCGCCGACACGGUGGUGUUCUACGACAGUGACUGGAACCCUACCAUGGACGCCCAGGCCCAGGACCGCUGCCACCGCAUCGGACAGACCCGCGACGUCCACAUCUACAGACUGAUCAGUGAGCGCACGGUGGAGGAGAACAUCCUGAAGAAGGCCAACCAGAAAAGAAUGCUGGGAGACAUGGCCAUAGAAGGAGGCAACUUCACCACCGCUUUCUUCAAACAGCAAACCAUCAGGGAGCUGUUUGACGUGAAUGAGGGGGAGAAGAAGGAGGUGACCCCAGAGCCGUCUGUGCCCCAGCCAGAGGAGGAAGAGACGGGCAACAAACAGAGCACCACCAUCCUGGAGCAGGCCCUUUGUCGUGCCGAGGACGAGGAGGACAUCGUCGCUGCCUCCCAAGCCAAAGCAGAGCAGGUAGCUGAACUGGCAGAGUUCAACGAGGCCAUCCCAUUGGAUGAGGCUGGCGAAGGGAGGGACCCGGAAGAGGAGGAGCUCUCCAAGGCCGAGCAGGAGAUAGCGGCUCUUGUGGAGCAGCUCACUCCUAUAGAGCGCUAUGCUAUGAAUUUCCUGGAGGCUUCACUGGAGGACGUGUGCAAGGAGGAGUUAAAGCAAGCAGAGGAGCAGGUGGAGGCUGCCAGGAAGGGGCUGGACCAGGCCAAGGAGGAGGGCCUGAAGCUGCAUGCAGGCUCCUCGGACAAUGACGACGAUGACUUCGCAUCACAGCCAGCGGAGGAGCCCUCGCCACCUGGGUCGGGCCGUCGCCCACGCAAACACAAAGAGAAAGGCGCCCCCUCCACCAGAAUCAGCGGUAGGCUCCGAGGAGCCACGGCCUCCCCACCGCCCACUUCCCCAGAGCCAGAGUCCGAUUCCCCCACCCCCAGAGAAGUGCCUGAAAGGCUCCGCUCAGCUCUGAGAGGACGAGGGGGGACCAAAGACAAUACCAACACACUGUCCCGCACAGAGCACCCCAGGGCCCAACCCUCCUCAUCAAAGGAAUCUGCCAAACCUGCAUCCACAACCCCGGUCUCUCCUUCUAGAGACUCCAGCCUCAAAUCCGGAUCGGCAGCGCCACCUCUCGGAUCCCAGUCCCAUUCCAGCUCAGUGCCUUCCACUGCCACCAGUCCUCUAGCUGGGAAAUCACUGACACUACCAGGGAACUCACACACCUGGUCACCCAGCAGGGAGAGGGCAGUGUGUAUCACCUCAGAGUCCACGUGUCCGGUGGACCACCAGUCAUACUCUGCCAGGGACUAUGACAUUAGGGACCAGGAGUCCCUGUCUCCCAACUCUGUGUGCCCUCUCUCCCGGUCGCCACGCAAGCGCCAGUCGGCUGACGGGGAGGUCCUGCUAGGCCUUCCGGAACAUUCCCCAUCGGCCAAGGUCCUGCGGAAGCUCCCUGGUCGCCUGGUGACAGUGGUGGAGGACAAGGAGCCCAGGAAGAGGAGGAGGAGAGGCAGCGGGACAGGAGGAGGCUCAUCAGAGGAGACAGAGAACGCUGAGUCGGGCCGAGUCUCAGACGAGCCAAGCAGAGACUCCCAAACCCCUGACAAAACCAGCCAGACACCCGAAGAGAAAGGGACUGCUUCAAAAUACUCAACGACCACCAAACUCACAGAGGACCAAGAAUCCCCCUCAACACACACCUAUCCUGCCAGAAGCUACCUCCCUUACUCCCCGCCCCACCAAUCCCCUGACAUGCCGGUGCUGAGGAACCUGCCGGUGCGACAGCGGCUGGAGAGCGAGUCUCGCGUGGCGGCGCAGUUAGGUGAGCUGGGCAGAGGGAGGGGAGGGAACUACCACAGGAAAAUGGACAAUCAGCCAGGAAAAGACGGCAACGUGUCCUCACCCGCUAAUAAUGCUAACUCGACCCCACCAGUGAAACGAAAGAGGGGCCGACCCCCCAAAACUCCCCUCAGGUUGGCGGUAUCCCAGCCAGAGCAUGUAUCUCCUCCCCAGCCCACCUCAGCAAGUGAGGGGAGCCCUGCUCUCUCCCCAAAACGCAAGCGGGGCCGUCCCCGCAAGGACUCGACAACUGUAAAGAAUGCUGUGGGUGCAGGACAUAACUCAAACUCCAGCACCACCAGCCAACCUGGUUCCCUGUCUGAGGCUGUUAACACAGAACCACUACUCCCAUCUGCCUCCACUGAGCCUCAAACUGUGGCCACCUCUGCUAUCUGCACCAGCCAAGACUCUCUGUCUACCAAAGCUGAGAACUCUACCGCAACAUUAAAACCAAACACUAAGACUGAGGUCCUUACCACAACCCCAACUGCUAUCCUGGCACUAAGCCCAGCUCAAAUCGCUAUUCCUGCGCCAAGCCAAACUCGAGUUCCCAUCUCAAUUCCAAUCUCUGUCUCCACCUCAAGCUCAGCAACCAUCUCCACCCCAGUUCCAAUUUUAGUCCCUGCCACAAGCUCACCCACAGUCCCCGCCAUAAACUCAAUCUCUGUUCCUGCUUCAAGCUCAUCCACAGUUUCCACCCUAAGCUUACCCACAGUAUCCACAUCGAGGCCGCCCUUUAGCCCUACCUCAAGGUCAACCUCUGGCCUCAUUCGAAUUCCAACUGCAGUCCUCACCUCAACCCUUGCCCAAUUCCUCACCUCAAGACCUAGAGUCUCCACUUCUCCACCAAUCUCCACAACUACCACACAAAUCGUCACCCCUACCCCCAACAAGAUCUCCACUCCUCCCCUUGCCCAAAUCACUAUCCCUACACCAGCUCAAAUCUCCAAAAUGGCCACAUCAGUCUCUACUCCAACCAUCACCCCCACUCCAGCCCCUACACCAACACUCACAAAUGUCAAACAAACCCCUACUCCGUGCCCUACCACAAUUGUUGCAGCCCAUGUACCAACACUUAGAAAACUCACCACAACCUCAAUCGCAAAUCUGACCACCAUUUCCACACCAGGCCCAAGUAUAAUCGUCACCACCGUCACACAAGCCCGAACCGCCACCAUCACUGCAACAACCUCCAUACCAACGUCUACCAAAAUCACCAUCACAACCCCCACACCAGCCCCCACACCAACCACCACACUAACCUCUACACCAGCCCCUACCACAACUGUCACCACCGUUACACCAGCCCCUACCACAACUGUCACCACCGCUACACUGCCCCCACACACAAGUGUCACCACCGCUACACCGCCCCCACCCAGAACUGUCACCACCGCUACACCGCCCCCACCCAGAACUGUCACCACCGCUACACCGCCCCCACCCAGAACUGUUGCCACCUCUACACCACCCCCACCCAGAACUGUCACCACCUCUACACCGCCCCCACCCAGAACUGUCACCACUGCUACUGCAGCCGCUGCCACAACCAUCACAUCAACUCCUACCCCAAUCUCUACCCCAACCCCCACCCGUUCCCAAGUACACAACUCCACUAACAACAAAAUCGUCACCCAGAUAUCCACCCCAGCCCCCAUUCCAAGUUCAACAUUAGUCCUGCCCCUGGCCCAAAUUCCUAUUACAUCUACCCUCUCCAGCAACUCUACUGCUGUGGCUGCCACAGAGAACCAGGCUGUGGAGACUGCCCAGAAUCCAGAUUCAGAGAACAUAAUAGACAUGGAGGUGGAGACCCAGGCAGUUAAAGUGGACAAAAAGGCAGAGGAUGGAGAAGAGGAGAUUAGUGACUCUCAACCGAAAAAGAGGAAAGUGGAGAAUUCUCCUGAAGCCAAAGACACUGUCCUUUCCACUCCCUCUCUCGCUGACCCAGAGACUCCAGUGGCUCCUCGGCCAGAGGAAACGGAUAAGCAGAAGAUAGAGGAGAGCGCCGGAGAUGACAAAGCCGCCAGCAAGAAGAGGCCUCUCAGUCGCCAGAGCAGUCAGGAGUCGGUGCGCUCCUCUUCUCCUUCCUCAGUGUGCUCCACAUCCAAUCCCACCCGGUCAGCCCAAUACAAGAAGAGUGCAGAGAAGAGAGCACCUGCCAAGAGGAGGCGAGGAGAGGUUCUGUCUGACCCAGAGAAGGGAGAGGGGAAGACUGAGAAAGAGUCCACCAACGCCACUCGGAGGAGGCAGUCCAGGUCCUCUUCUUCAGACUCGGACCCCUGUGAAACCAGGAAAGAGCGCCUCACCCGCUCGUCCCAGAGCUGGCAGGAGAAAGAGGGGGAUGGAGAGGGCAACAGGCGGAGAAGAAGACCCGCCAGGAGCUCUGAAUGGGAGGGCAGGACUGUGUCCAACAACACCGGUACUGGGGAGUCUGGCAGCGAGACAUCCUCUGUGAGAGUCACCCGGAAAUCCUCUGGUCCUCUUCCCACCUCGGAGAGUAAACCCCAGUCUAACAGCGUGCCCUCUACCCCUCCCCAGCCAGAGGUCCUGGGAAAGAGAUGUUCAGCCCUGAACGCUGCAGCCAAACUCCUUGCCAUGCGAGGCAGGGUCGACACCCCUGGCAGCAGGAAAGACCCUGCGGCUAAGGCUGCUGGGCAGAAUGCCAUUUCUCCUGCUUCCUCUGACAAGAACCACAAGUCCAAAUCUAAAAGUGCACCAGCCACUCCGCAAACAAACUGCAACAACAAAGCAGGAAUCAGCAAGAUGACCCCCACCAAGUCUAGCCGCACCGCCGCCCGCUCCACCCGCCAGUGCCCUGGCGCCCUCGUCCCGCCCCUGGAAACAGACAACAAGAGGGGGAGCAAGAAGGAGGAGAGUGAAAAAGAAAAAAAGAAGCCCUCGGAGGAGAAGGAAGAGGGGGGCGAGAGGGAGACUCGCUCGUCCAGGGGCCACAGCGCCUGCAGCAGCGUGAGUAGCGAUGGUGGAGGGAGUAGCCGGAGCAGCAGCAACAGCAGCCAGCGCACCCACAGCCUCAGCUCCCAGAGCACCGGGCCCAGGCUCAACAGCUCGCGAGCACCAUCCUCCAGCAGCGAACGUGAACGCAGCACCGAGAGGGGCAGGAGGCGCAGCCACAGGAAGGAAGGAGAAGGCUGGGGGAGGGAGACCCGGAAGGAAAGAAAGGAGAGGCACGCCCAGAAGCGGGAGAGGCUCUCACAGGAAGGGAACGCUGGCUCGGGAGAGGGCACCCCGGACAGGGUGCUGCGCAGCGUGGCGGCUAUGGCAGCAGCUCAGGCCCGCACACCGGCAGCCAACACCCGCUCCUCCCGGUCUUCCUCUGCCCAACACAACAAGACAUGAUGGAAUAACAAUAUAUAUUUUUUAAACUGGGAGAGGGAGUGAGGGAUUCUGACUGGGAAAUGGAGGGGAAAUGGCCUCUAAAGUUGCUGCUUUGUCUACACUGACAGAGGCCAGAGCAGAACUAUGUGUUGUGCAGGUCAGUGACCUCCCUCCCUCUUGGGCCCUCUCCCCCACCCCACAUUAGAGCUGGUCUCCUCCAGUUCAGCCAUCAUCAACUGGGGAAAGGCUUAGAGAUGCCCAACUGUUUGCAGAGAGAAAGGUGCCACCAUGGUAGAGCCCUUCCAGAAGUGAGGUGUUGUAGUCCUGAAGGUGUCACUUCAUACGGACAGUGGCUUGACUGCACACCGGGGACUUUGGGACGAGGUCGGUGCGAGUGAGUUAUUUGUUAGUUCACACUAUGUACUGUAAAACAUUUAAAAAGACUGGAAUACUAAGAUGUAUGUGUUCGAGAGAGGAUUAGAUUGCGCCCAAUAUGCAGAUUUUAUCCUCUGCCAGGGUUAUCGGUGGGAAUCAUUCAUGCGACAUUCAAAAUAAUAUUUUGAGUGACAGUUGUAUCGUACGUUUGAAGGUUUUAGACUUUUUGGGUUCUGGACAUUUUGUCAGCUGUUCUGACCUCUGUUGAUAAGUUCUGGAUAUUUUAUGGUUUCUUCCAGGAAGAGAGCAGAUCUGUAAAUGUGAUCUUUGCUGCACUAUGCUGGAGCUACUCUUUGCUUGGGCCUCUGUAUCUUGUCAUUUUCUGUCCAUCUGCCUUUUUAAAUCCAGCCUGCAUUUUUCCUUUGCAUCUGACAUGUCCUCAGCAUUUGAGUGCAUUGUGGUGUAGUAUUUUACAUCAAUUUCAAUCAAAUUACUACUACGUUCCUGGUACCUCACACAAAUGUAACUCCAAAUAUGGCUGUCUCUCUCAAGCUUGUUAUGCAUCUCGAAGAUGCAAAUUAUUUUACUCACUGGCAAUGCAGAAAGAAACGGGAGCAGAACCUUGAUUUAACUCCUCACCUUUCCAAAGUCUGACAUUAUGGUCAACAUUUCAUGUAGUUUAUACUAAAUGGGUAUUGAAUCAGUGUGAAUAAAAAAACAUUAGUGCCUAUUAGGCCGAGUGGGUGAACGGAGAUCCCAGUUUGCUUUGUAAAGUACUUGACGUUGGGGUGUGGAACUUACUGAGUUGUCAUUUGUCACUAAAAAAGGAUAUACUUUCUGUAAAUCACGAGAAAAGCACCGUAUGCACCAGUGCUACCAAAUUCUUUAUUUUUUAAAAUCUGAAUUUCUAUCAUUUCAUUGCUCUUUCAUGUAAGCACUUAAAAUGGUGCAGAUGGCUCUGUAAAUUGUCAAUUAACUUUGAGGACUUGCAUUUGUCAAAGCAGUUUUUGGGCAGGGUGAUGUUUGAGUGAAUGGGUGGAAUAUGGUGAUGGUCUUAUCUUGAUUUGUCCCUUUAAUUUGUCACAUUCCUUUGUUCCCUUGUAAUUCCACAUUGUUUUACUUGAAAGACAAAAUGACAGUUGAAUAAAAGACCAAAAAUGUA